AACCCUUUGUGGGCAGGACAAUCCCCCCCACACACACACACACUUAAAAUUUUCACCUUGGUGUGCAACAUCACGCAUCAAUAGCACUCUCUGCCCUAGAAGAACUGAAAAUCUGAUCUAAAAUUUGGAAUUUUGGCUCUUUAAGUGACCAUGAGCAGCUUUUUGCUGCCCCUUGUUACUGACAUGUUGCUGCUUGAGGCCUUGUCUCAUGGCAGCAGCACCCCUGGAUAAUGGCACAGUUCCACUUUCUGGUUGUACAUUGAGUUUUUUCUCUUCCCCCUACAGUGGCUAUCGUUUCAGUACACUGGAUCUGGGAGACUCCACAUUAUUCUUAAAUGUCUUGAACUCGGCAAAGACCCUACAGAACUGCAAAAGGUGAUGGUUAUCAACCGGAUAUCUCGGCCAAUGCAGUUAAAUAGAUUUUCCUCAGCCGUGAUCUUCAUCCUUGUCGAAGAGGCCAAGGACCUCAAGGUGAAGGAUAAUGCUGAGAUGCCCACAUCCCAUGUAGUGACGAAGGUUGGAAAGCAUUCACACAGCGGCAAGGAAUGCUCAAAAACGGAGUCACCAAAAUGGAGGGCAAAGUCGUCCUUCCUAUUGGAGAAGCCCCAUGAAGAGACAGUGAAGAUAAAGGUAAAAGGAACGGGCCAUGGAAUCCUGGGAUCUUUCAUACUCCGCAUCUCUGACCUCCUAUUGGCCAAAAACCUAACCAUAGAAGGCUGGCAUCAGUUGGAAGCACCUUUCCCACAGGGCACUAUUUGGAUAAGAUUUGAGUUGAGGAUUUUGGUUCCGCCCAGAGGACCCGAGUUUUCAAUGGCUUCCAGCUCCUAAUGGCCAAAACAGCACUGUAGACU